AUGGCGCCAUACGAUAGCGACUCGUCUGACGACGAGGAAGGCGACUAUAUCGAAACUAAUGUUUUACUGGGCUAUGCGGCCAAAGAACCCGGCGACGACACAAUCAGCCAUCUUGGGGGAAGCCCGACAUGGCUCCACCCCGCUGCCCCUCCCUGCGCAACACUUGCAAAAUGCAAGAUAUGCAAUGAUAUCAUGGUUUUACUUCUGGCUUUAAACGGAGACUUGCCAAACAGUUUUCCCGGACACGAGAGACGACUGUACAUAUGGACAUGCCGGCGCAAAGGCUGUCGGCGGAAGGAGGGAAGCAUAAGAGCUUUGAGGGCCACGAGAAUUACUGGGACUGCCGCCUCGGAAGAUAAGCACGAGAAGAAGCCUGCUCCAAAGACGAAAGAGCCAGCGCCGAACCCGGCAGUCAAUAUUGGAGAGACCCUCUUUGGAGCAAAGCCUUCGUCGAUGUCGUCGUCCGCAAACCCAUUCUCAGCUGCAACAUCGAGUUCGAACUCUGCGAGUCCGUUCUCCCAGUCUACCCCCGGAAGCCAACCGCAAAACCCUUUCACAGCGGCAGGCCUUCCCUCACCCUCUGAACUAGGAGCCAAACCGCCACAGCCACCUUCUUCAACCACCUCACCCAGCGCUUCCGAUCUCCCCAAAACUUUUGCCUCCGUCCUCUCCCUCGACACCGACUCACCCCAGCCUACGUUCGGCCCCCCACGCCCCGCUGAACCGUGGCCAGAAAUUUCCUACCUCCCCGCCUCAUACCCACUCUACUACCUAGUCGACGUAGACUAUGAAGUCCUAGAAAAGAUGGAAGAUCUACCCAUCCCAACAACGACCAUGGACCUUGAUGAACCUAGCAACAGUAAAGGAGGGGGCCAGAAGGAAGACAAGGAUAUUUUCGAGAGCAGUAUUGAUAAGACAUUCCAGAAAUUUGCAGAUAGGCUGGCGCAGAAUCCUGAGCAGGUUUUACGGUAUGAGUUUAAGGGCAACCCGCUUUUAUAUUCGAAGCAUGAUGAGGUUGGGAGAUUAUUGUCCUCUAUCUCCAGGUCCGGGAAUGAGAAAAUCAAAGUGAGUGGAGGGGGUAGAAAUGGAAUUCCAAGGUGUGGUAAUUGUGGGAGGGAAAGGGCUUUCGAGGUACAGUUAACGCCACAUGCUAUUAUGGAGCUAGAGAGUGAGGUGGAAGGCAUUGAUGGGAUGGAUUGGGGGACGAUUAUUAUGGGUGUUUGUGAGAGUGAUUGUGUGCCUAAGCAUGUGAGGCCUGGCGAGGUUGGGUAUGUGGAGGAGUGGGCCGGGGUACAGUGGGAGGAGUUGGCGGUUAAGAUGUAG